AUGUCAAGCCUUAAGAAUAAUCUACGUUGGGUAGAGAGAUUUUCCUAUGUAAAUUUAGCUAUUGGAUUAGCUGAAAUAAUAGCUGGAGUUAUUCUUUUUUUAAUUAAUUCUGAGUUUUAAGACUAUGGACAGUUUUAUGAUGACUGCGAAGAAUGUUUUACUCUACUUAUUUUAAUUGGAAUCUUUUUUGUAUUAUUAGGUGCACUAGGAAUAUAUGCUUAAAGAGUUAAGAGCAAUAAUUCUAUGUCUAUAUACAAUAUUGGUAUCAUCCUAUUAAUGCUUUUUAUUGGAGGAUCAAUAAUUGUUAUUAUUCUUUUAUAAGUAUAAUUAUCGUAAUUUAAGGAUGAUAUCUACUGUACUGAAGAAGACCUUAUGAUAGAAUUAAGCACUGCUUAUAAUGCUGGCAAAAAACUUUUAUGUAGUUCUAAAUGCUCUUGUAAUGCUGAUUAAUCUAAUUUCCCCCCUCAAAUAUAUUAAUCCUUUUCAGUUUCUAAAAAAGGAGCUAACAAACUCAAUGAAUGCUAAGAUUAUAUUAAAAGAAUAGAUACUUAGUUUCCUUUUGGUUAUGAAAAUAAAUAAUUAGAAAAUUUUGUUAGUCUACUUAAAACAUCUGAAGAAAAGUUUAAUUGCAGUGGAUUUUGUAGUACAAAUAGUUAUUAUGUGUUUAGAGAUAUGAAUGAUGGAACUCCUGUUGAUGGAUAGGAUUGCAAAGUCGAGUUCUUAAAUUAUAUUUCUAAAAGUGUACUCACAACUACUAUUCUAAUAUCCAUUGUAACUAUCUACAUCAUUAUAAUAAGUUAUUUUUCUCUAAGGAUUAUUUUCAGCCAAGAAAAAACAAAUAAUGAGGGUUAUUACAAAAAUUCAGAUUAAAUAUAACUCCCCUAAAUAAAUAAAUUGAAUAACGAUAAAACUAUUUCUUAAAAUUAAGAAAAAAAUUAAAACAACUUAAAAUGA